GCUCUGACCCAUCACGGCUCCUCUCCCGCCUUUCCUUUCUUCCACCCACAAGCAUUUGGCAUCUGCUUCCUUCCUUCCACUCCAAUAAUAUAUACCACCACUCUGCACGCGCCUACAGCUCAGCUGGAUAGAGCCGGUGCGGCAGCAGCUUAAGCUAAGCUUGCGCGAUGUCGUCGUGGGCGCAGCACUCGCGGCGGGGCUGGAGGCACGGCUGGGCGGCGCGGGCGCUGUCAUCGGCGACGCUGCCGCCGUGGCGCCUGCUGGCCUUCUUCGCCAUCGUGGUCUCCUUCCUGGCCACCUCCUCCUACGUCGACUACCGGGCCGUCGAGCGCGCCGCCGAGAUCGGCGCGCGGGUCUUCGCCGCGCCGCUCGCCGCCAUGGCCGCCUUCCUCCUCUUCGCCGCGCUCGGGUACUGGCGCCGCCGCACCCGCUGGGCGCUCCGACGCCACGCCGUGAACGCCCAGCCGGCCGCGGCCUCGUCGCAGUCGUCGGGGGCGUCACCGUGGGGCGUGGCGGCGAUGGUGGCGGUGCUGCUGGUGAUGGUGACUUUCCAGCCCUGCGUCCACUCCAUGUGGUUCAGGCCGCUCUGGAGUUCAGACUACAGCUAGCUCCUAGCUCAUCGGAUGCUCUCCGUUCGGUUCCGGCCGCUCUCAGCAUCGUUACUCUGUUGAGAGCAUCGUGUACGGAGACACGAUCCAGAGGUCAUGUGUUGCGUUCCUUUCGUGCUUGUUGCUGUCAAGUCGAUCUUCAAGGGCGUUAUGUACGGCAUAAUUGGCGUGUCCAAGACGAUGCCUUUCUCGUGA